GCCGGGACCGCUGCGAUGCCCGCCCCGCUGCCCCCGACGGAGCUGCUGGGCUCGGAGCGGGCCGUGGUGCUCGUGUCCUGUGUCCUGUCCUGCGUGGGCUCCUCGCUCCUGCUCUGCUCCCACGCGCUGUGGCCGGAGCUGCGGACGCGGCCGCGGCAGCUCCUGCUCUACCUGUCGCUGGCCGACCUGCUCUCGGCGCUCUCCUACUUCUACGGGGUGCUGCAGGACUUCGACAGGACCUCCUGGGACUGCGUCCUGCAGGGCGCCCUGUCCACCUUCGCCAACACCAGCUCCUUCUUCUGGACCAUGGCCAUCGCCCUCUACCUCUACCUCACCAUCGUCAGGGGCUCGCCCACGGGCACGGGCUUGCUGUGCUGCUUCCACGCCGUGAGCUGGGGUGUCCCCCUUGGCAUCACAGUGGCAGCUGUUGCCCUGAAGAAGAUUGGCUAUGACGCCUCCAACGUUUCUGUGGGCUGGUGCUGGGUCAACCUGGAUGCCCAGGAUCAUGUCCUGUGGAUGCUGCUGACAGGGAAGGUGUGGGAGAUCCUGGCCUACGUGACCCUGCCAGUGCUCUACAUCCUCAUCAAGAAGCACAUCAGCAGAGCACAUGCAGCUCUCUCAGAGUACCGCCCCAUCCUCUCAGGGGCACCUGCAUUCCAGCCCCGGACUUCCAUAGCGGACAAGAAGUUGGUCCUCAUCCCUGUCAUCUUCAUCUUCCUCCGCAUCUGGAGCACCGUGAGGUUCAUCCUGACCCUCUGCAACUCCCCUGCUGUGCAGAACUCAGUCCUGGUGGUCCUGCAUGGAAUUGGUAACACGUUCCAGGGAGGUGCCAACUGCAUCAUGUUUGUGCUCUGCACUCGGGUGGUCCGAGCUCGGCUGCUUUCCUUCAUCUGCUGCUGCAAACACGACGAGCUGGAGUGGCCUUGGCAGAGAUCAAACAGCUCCUGGCAGCGCCCAGAACCCCCCAAGGAUGUGCCAGGCCCUGAGCAGACAAAGCCACUGCUUCCCAGCACCUGAGCUGCCUCCACCUCGGUGUCGAGUCCUCCUUUCAUGGUGUGGGAUGAUCCCGGAGUCCCACAGAGGGAGCUAAAGCCCGGGGAAAGGCGCCGCUGGAGAGGCUGAGCAGAUGGAAAAGGUCCCGCUCCUCCUUGCACUCACAUACCAAAGGCUUCGGGUCUUCGACUUUGCUCAGGAUCCUCUGGAAGGGACUGUUGGACUAUACUCCAGUUUCCUGGUUUUCUCCCCUUCUUCCCCUCACCCUCCACUGUAAAUCUUAAAAAUCGGUUUGGGGUUUUGCUUUUCUAUUUGACGAGGCGAACUGUGUGGUGAGUUCUGAGGUGAGCGAAUAUCAAGAGGACAGGAAAACUUCAGUAGCUGCUGAAUGGGACUGUGCUGGGCAUGGAUUUCAGUCCCAGUGUGUGAAUCUUCCCGGGGAGCUCCAGGCUGGCUCCCGUUCUUCACUGGAACACGGACAACAAUGUGCAAACAAACGUGUUUGUUUGGUGGUGGUGGUGGUGGUGGUGGUGGUGGAGGGUUCCUCUGCAUGGCUUAUUCCUCCUCCUGGAUGGUUGGGAGCCAUCCAGGUGCUCAGGGGUUGUGUUGGCAG